AUUCACAUUACUUCUACAUUUCGUUGAUGCAAUAUAUCUUCUACAAUCAUCAUUAUUCGAAUAAGUGAAAUAAAAUUCUAACCAUAACUUUUACAAACAACGAAAAAGAAGGGGAAGAAAAAAAGUACAUUCGUUACCGACGUUGAAUUAUAUCAGAAUCGUUUGUCGUUUUUUUCUGAAAUCAAUAAAUAAUUAACAAAGAAUAUCGAUACUUCAAAUGUACAAGUGAUAAAUUAAGUAAUAACACUUGAAGAAAAUAAUAAUUUGAUCAUCAAUUGAUCAACAACAGCAAAAAAACAUCUUCCGGAUUCAAGAUGAUGUCGAAAAUUCUUAUGAAUAUAACAUUAUUUCAUACAAAAUUGCUUGUAAAUACAUAUACAGCAUUGACUUUACCAUUCUAUGCUAUUUAUCAACGACCAUGGCAACGACUUAAACUUUCUAAUAAAAUACAAGCUCAAUUGAUAUCGAAAACACCUGGUUCGGUUGUAUGGACUCGUAAAGGACCACCUGGUACUAAAGCUGUGUUACAAUGUUCUACAUAUUUAGAAGCAAUGAAAUUUUUGGAUCGUUCACGUUUAUCAGUCGGUGUUCGGGAAAUUUUGGAUGAAAAAAUCUCAUUCGACGAAGAAGGUUUACCAAUCACAAUUGAUGGCAAAAUUUUGAAAAGAAUUGUUCUUGAUGAUCAAUAUAAAUGGAUGACUGUUGGUGAAGUAUUGGAUCGUGUGGAAAAUAUUGCCAAAGGUUUACAUAGUUUUGGCGUACAAAAAGGUGAUAAUGUUGUUAUCUAUGCUGAAACGUCACCCGAUUGGUUUUUCACUUCCAUGGCUUUGGCCAAAUUAAGUGCUGUAACAGUAACAUUGUUUGCCAAUCUUGGUGAUUCUGGUGUUAUUUAUGGUAUCAAUCAAACAAAAGCAAAAUAUGUGAUCACAACGGAAGAAUUGAAAGAAAAAAUGCUCACUUAUACGGAUCGAAUACCUAAUGUUGAGCAUAUUAUCUAUUACCCACGGCCUAAAAAUGCUCCACCUCUUCCACGUGUCGAAGACAUUAAAAUACCGGCAAGAAUAAAAGUUACGCCUUUUAAUGAUAUGACUGAAAAAGGUGCCAAAAUGGCUCCUAUCGAAUUUAAAUUACCCGAUCCAGAAGAUUUAGUGUUAAUAAUGUAUACCUCAGGAACGACCAGUCUUCCAAAAGCUGUGAUGAUCAAUCAUCGAAUGUUACUGUCCAGUAUACAAAGUAUCACUACCUUUUUUGAACAUAUAGAUGUCAACGUGGACGAAAUGACGAUGGCAUCAUUUCUUCCUUUAAGUCAUAUUUAUGGUUAUGUAUUCAAUAUCCUUUUAUUUCUCAAUGGAACAAAAAUUGGUUUUGCCACACCAUUUACAUUAUUAAAUUCAUCGCCAGCUCAUGUACCCGGACAAAUAGGUGAUUUGAGGCUAAUCAAACCGGAUUUUUUUGUUGUCGUGCCGUUAAUAUUGGAAAGAUUUCAGAAAGAAAUUUAUGCUCAACUAAAUCGUGGUGGAUUUCUAGCAGCACCAUUGUUUACAUAUUUUAUGGAGUAUAAAAAUCGUUGGAUCGAUCGGGGAUUCCAGACACCCAUUCUUGAUAAACUAGUUUGUCAAAAAAUUAAAGAAGAAUUUGGAGGCAAAAUCAGUAUGAUCGGUGUAGGUGGUGCGGCAUUACACACAUCGAUUGAAAAAUUUAGCAGAGCUGCUUUAAAUAUUCACAUGACCAAUGGUUUUGGUUGUACCGAAACAUGUGGCGGUGUUUACGUAAAAUCACCAUGGGAUCUAACACUUGGUACAGUUGGUGUUCCAUCUGAUAUGGUUUAUGGUAAAUUAGUGGAUUGGGAAGAAGGCGGUUACACAACACAGGAUAAACCUAAUCAACGAGGAGAAAUUGUCAUUGGUGGUGAUAUGGUUGCUUCCGGUUAUUUUCAAAUGCCAGAAGAAACAAAAGAAAGUUUUUAUCGUGAUGAAAAUGGUAUACAGUGGUUUUAUACGGGGGAUAUUGGUGAAAUUGAUCCGAACACUGGACGAUUGAAAAUUAUUGAUCGGAAAAAGGAUCUGGCAAAAUUGGCCAAUGGUGAAUACGUGUCUCUUGGAAAGAUCGAGACCGGAUUACGUUCAUCACGUUAUGUGGAAAACAUUUGCAUUUGUACAGAAAUGUUUUCUAACGAUUUAGUCGCAUUAAUUACACCAAAUCGUAAAAUUGUUAAAGAAUUAGCAAAAAGUUUGAACAAAAAUCAAUUAAGUCACCCUGAACGAUGUCAAGAUGAAGAAAUUAUAACCAUUGUACAUGCAUCGAUAAAAGAAACGGGACAAAGAGCUGGUUUAAAAUCGAAAGAGAUUCCUACUAGAAUUCAUCUUUGUUCAGAAGAAUGGACACCAGAUAAUCAUUUAUUGACAGCUGCAUUCAAAUUAAAACGUAAAAAUGUUUAUCAAUUCUAUGAUAAGGAAAUACGUCAAAUGUUCAAUUCGAUUGCCAGCAAAUAAGAAUAUAUUCGUAUUGAAAACUAUUAAAAUCUUUUGACAAACA